CAACCACUGAAUGAUAGCAGUGAACCUGGCUUGCGAGGUUCAUUACGUCGGCGGUCUACGCGGUCGCGUUACGCAGCUCAACAAAAUUUGGCGGAGUAUUCCGUUGACGAUUUUGAUGAAAAUACUGACGAUUCCGGUUAUUCAAACUCUCCUAAGCCUAGCCGUAAAAUCCACAAUACUUUGUCUGAGGAAGAUUCUGGUGGCGCCGGGGAUCCUGGGCGUGAGGGAAAUUCUGAGGAUGGUGGUGACGGUGAUGGUAGAGCUGGAGGUGACACUGAUGGUGGAGGUGACGAUAAUCGCACGGCACUUGGACAAAAUCUGGUGCGGAUCCUAAGUUAUACAGCACCUUCCACUUUUCAGAACCCGGUGCCAGGGCUAAAGAUGACGUAG